UAUCUUGAUCUGCUGCAGCUGGUGCGUGUGUCGGUCCUCUCUCUCUCUCCUGAGCUCGCAUACAGUCCUUCGCACUCCUUCACUGCACGUCGGUUUCUUUUAGAUUCUCAUACUUUCCGAUUCAACAACCAAUAGAUUCUCCUUCCCUCUCCCUCUCUCUCUCUCUCUCUCUCUCUCUCUCUCACAUUUAUAUUGAGGAAUAAGCGUCAUUUCCUGUGGUGCUUUCUCGCUCUGAUUUGAUGUAGUGGUGUCUCUGAUCUCCUGUUUUGAUCCGAAUAGUUCUUCGUUUCCUCCGAGUAUCGUAGGGGGUUUAAGGAGUCGUCCGCUUUCAGCUUCUUAUUCGGCUAUCGUAUCUGGGUUUGAUUCGAAUCUUUGUAAUAGAUUGCGAAAAGAUGGAAGAUCUGAGCGAUAAAGGAUCGGAGUCCGAGGUCGUGAAUACCAAAAGCCCAAAUGGCGGGGUUUCAUCCGAAGAAAGCCACACAAAAACCUGCGCCGACUGCGGGACCUCCAAGACACCUCUAUGGCGAGGCGGCCCAGCUGGUCCCAAGUCACUGUGUAAUGCGUGUGGGAUCAGAAGCAGGAAGAAGAGAAGGGCUGCUCUGGGUUUGAACAAAGAGGACAAAAAGCCCAAGAAAACAAGUUUUUGUGGAAGUAAUAAGAUAGGGGAUAAUACGAAGCAGAGGCUGAUGGCUUUGGGAAGAGAGGUGUUGAUGCAGAGGAAGAAGUUGGGGGAGGAGGAACAAGCGGCUGUGCUGUUGAUGGCUCUCUCUUAUGGCUCUCUCUGGUAGAAAUUUUAGGAGCUGGAUGUGGGGAUCCUAACCUUCUUGCAAGUGUAUCUUCUUUCUAUUAAUCAGUCAUUUUAGAGUAUUGUCA